AUGUUCAUCUCAGGAUCAUCGUCAAUGCCUGGUAGACUCGCCUCCAAGGUUGAAGCCGCUCGGCGCCUCCAAAUCGCGACUGAACUCGCAAUGAAGGCAGCUGUAGAUAUGGACAAUGCAUAUACUGACUUCGCAGAAUUUAAUCACAUGGAAAUUUGUUAUAGCCCUACGCCAUACUCGGCAGAUUAUGCCCGGGCUGCUAUUGGCAGCGCAGUAGAGCAAUGGAGAAACGCGACGGAGGUUCAGUCCUUUUAUCCACGUUCGGUACAGGGUUUGCUGCGGAACAUUGAGCAGGAAGUCGAACAUGAGAACAAGCUGCAAGAAAAGAAGAAGACGGAACAGAAGCAGGAUUUCAAUCAGAUACUCGCGGAGACGUAUGACCCGAAGCCAAAGCUGGAACCGGCAGGUAGGUUUGAUCAAAUUCUUGCUGAGACGUACGAGAACUCGUCUGCAGAAGUGGACAGUCGCGAUGAGCCUGACGAGAAGUCUCGCAGUGACGUUAUGGAUGAGUCUCCUAAAGGAAGAUCCCGUUUUGUAGUUUGGGAUAUGACCUCCCUUGAAUUCAAGCUGUCGGGCUGA